CGGUGGCGCGUGUACUAGAUUUCGUUCAAAUUUCCCGCUUCGUAGCUCGUAUGUCAUUCUUGUUGAUUUGAAGCACUAAAGUUUUAUACAAAAGGUAAUACCGAUUACACAAGCGUUUAUUUUUGUAAAAAACAUGGCAAAACAAAAAGCAUCACGACUGGCUGGACUUGUUUUGAUCUUCGUCAAUUUUAUCACGACGAUGCUUAGCCUAGCUACAUUCGCAAUCGGUCUAUGGGUGAUAACCUCCCCGAAGACGCUGUCGUAUAUCCUCGAGAGAGCUGGUCCGUUGAAGGAUUUAUUUCCCGAAGAAGUUCUGACAGUACAACUUGGUGUAGGAAUAGCGAUGCUCAGUAUAUUUUUUCUCUUCAUAUCUGUCAUGGGACUCUAUGGUGCUAUUAAUUGCUCAACAUUUCUUUUGUUUAUGUAUGCAGCGCUGGUAUUACUCUUGAUGCUAUUGGAAUGUGCCGUUUUCUUCUACUUCACAUCAAAUGCUGAAAAAAAAGGUGUACAAGCUAGUGACGGAGCAUUGGGACAUGCAUUACGACUGUCUUUGCGCUGUUGUGACAACGUUUCUGAUAGCAUGCCUUGGUCUUGUUGCGGGACCAAAAAUUGUUCGCGAGACAUUAGUUUUAGCAAAAAUUGCAAGGACGCGAUGUCAAACUGGCUCCACCAUUACGGAACUAUAGUCUAUGGUUCGCUAAUAGCAUCUCAUGUGAUAUUGUCGUCCUGCUCUCUCCUACGUCGUGCGAACAGUGCGUCCCGCGCGCACACCUAGCGAUCGCAGCGCCAUUUUGGCGCUAAUCAGAGAAGAUGCGCCCGCGUCGGGCCAGAGGAUGAUGACGUUAUGAUGGUCGUGUUAGGGAGGGGUCGGAUAGGCUGGGUCGAUAAAGAAACCUAAAAUAAAUUGCUAAUGUAUACUGCAAAGGCCGGCAACGCACUUACGAACCCUUUGCCAAUGAGUCUUGGGUGGCGGUAUCGCUUAACAUUAGCGGAGCCUGCUGCCAAUUUACCCCCUGUUCUAAAAAAAAAUCUUAAAAGGCCGGCAACGCACUUGCGAUUUUGUUGGCAUUGCCUUUGGGCGGCAUAUAAUGUCCGUUAUAUAAAAAACUAUAAGUGUGUUAACAAUAACUUACGCUGGAAUUGCAGAAGUAGUUCUUAUCUAUUCUUCUUCAGACGCGCUCUUCUUUUCUUGUGUUAGUGUCACCGCAUUUCCUUGCACCCAGUCUUCGACAAGCUUCAGCAUGGGGCUGGUGAACCCGUAAGUCUCUCUACUUGAGCAGGUCUCUCCCUCGACUAAAUUAUCUGGAAAUGGCCAAAAUUCAGGACUUGUCUCUCUUACCUGUAACCGUCUUAGUAUACCUAUAAUAAAAUUUAAGUACUAGCGAUUUGUCUUAUGACUAUUAGCCCCAUAGACAAUUGAAGCUUUUUUUGUGUCUGUGGGUUGUAAUACCAUUUCUUGAUGAUAGAGCAAUAGCUGAACGCAUCACCUCCAAGGAACAGUUAUAAUGUACGUUCUAUAUAUGUCUUAAUACUUCGGUCUGUUCAGAAAUUGAAAGGCGAAUUCAACAUAGAUAGAAGAAGUUCUGGAGUCUAAAGGAAAAUUCUAGAAGCAAUAUGCCAGUAAAACUUCAAACACUUUUUUUAAAUGAGGGUAAAAUGCGCUCACGCAGGCCCACACCAUAUGUCGGGCUUGACGCGGGGUCUGUGGGGCUUGGUGUACACUCAAAGCCCUCUGCUAUUCAAAGGGGGAGCGAGACCCUACCCUCUAAAUAACACCUCAGCCAACUCGCCCUUAAGAUGGGUCCUCAGGUUUCGCCAAGGGGUCUACGGUUCCGGGCAGUCUAUAUAUAUAUGCCGACCGGCUAGUCUAUGGUCAACCCAAGACCUCUCCCUCCAUCUGCAACGAAAGAGAUCUGCGGUUCCGGGCCGUCUAUAUAUUAUAUAUGCCGACCGGCUGGUCUAUGGUCAACCCAAGACCUCUCCCUCCAUCUGCAACCCAAGAGAUCUGCGGUUCCGGGCCAUCUAUAUAUAUAUGCCGACCGGCUAGUCUAUGGUCAACCCAAGACCUCUCCCUCCAUCUGCAACGAAAGAGAUCUGCGGUUCCGGGCCGUCUAUAUAUAUAUGCCGACCGGCUGGUCUAUGGUCAACCCAAGACCUCUCCCUCCAUCUGCAACCCAAAAGAUCUGCGGUUCCGGGCCGUCUAUAUAUAUAUGCCGACCGGCUGGUCUAUGGUCAACCCAAGACCUCUCCCUCCAUCUGCAACCCAAAAGAUCUGCGGUUCCGGGCCGUCUAUAUAUAUAUGCCGACCGGUUAGUCUAUGGUCAACCCGAGACCUCUCCCUCCAUCGCUCAGGAAUCUCCAUUUGCAAACUUCAAACCAAAGCUAUGACAAGCUCUCUCCUGCCUGCUCAUGCUUGCCAGGCUUGGAAAUAUACAGACAAGAUAAAAAGAAAAAUCUGAGAGAGAGAAAGAGAUACCUGGAGAUCCUUGGAGGAGGCCUUCACUUGUGGGGUUCUUAUUAUUUA